CGCGGGGCCGGGCGCGGAGCUGCGGGAUCGGGGGUGUGAGCGGCCGGGCAGGGCGCCCCCAGGAUGCUGCGGUUCCUGCGCAGGACCUUUGGCCGGCGCUCGAUGCAGCGCUACGGGCGAGGAGCCGGGCGCGGAGCCGGGCGAGGUGGGCUCGGCGGCGAGGGGGACGAGCGGGACGGGGGGCUGCGAGGAGCCGCCGCCGCCGCCGUCGUCGGCUCGGGAGGCUUCCCCUCCUCGCCGCACCCCGGAGGGGUCGUGCACAGCGCCGGAGCCCCCGUCCACAUCCCGGCGGCCGGCGGCAGCAAGCCGGUGCUGCAGUGCCGCGUCCUUCUCCUGGACGGGACCGAAGUCAACGUGGAGCUGCCGAAAAAUGCAAAGGGACAGGAGUUGUUUGACCAGAUUGUGUAUCAUUUGGACCUUGUGGAAACUGAUUACUUUGGUCUACAAUUCAUGGACGCUUCCCAAGUUACACACUGGUUGGACCAUUCAAAAUUCAUUAAGAAGCAAAUAAAAAUUGGACCUCCGUACACGUUGCAUUUUCGAAUUAAGUACUAUUCAUCAGAACCGAACAACCUUCAUGAAGAGUUUACAAGGUACCUGUUUGUAUUACAGCUCCGGCAAGACAUUCUGUCAGGGAAACUGAAAUGCCCGUAUGAAACUGCUGUUGAACUAGCAGCUCUGUGUCUUCAAGCUGAGCUGGGAGAGUGUGAGCACCCUGAGCACACACCAGAGCUUGUGUCUGAAUUCAGGUUUGCACCAAACCAGACCGAAGCAAUGGAAUUUGACAUUUUUCAGAAAUGGAAAGAGUGCAGGGGAAAGAGCCCGGCGCAGGCUGAAUUGUGCUACUUGAACAAAGCUAAAUGGCUAGAAAUGUAUGGUGUAGAUAUGCAUGUAGUUAAGGGAAGAGAUGGUUGCGAAUAUGCUCUUGGACUGACACCAACAGGCAUAUUGAUCUUUGAAGGAGCCAACAAAAUAGGCUUAUUUUUUUGGCCUAAAAUCACAAAAAUGGACUUUAAAAAGAGCAAACUAACACUUGUGGUUGUAGAAGAUGAUGAACAGGGCAGAGAGCAAGAGCACACAUUUGUUUUCCGGUUAGACAGUGCCAAAACGUGCAAACAUUUGUGGAAGUGUGCAGUGGAGCACCAUGCUUUCUUCAGAUUGCGAGCCCCAGCAAAUAGUAAAUCUAGUAGAUCCGACUUCAUAAGGCUGGGAUCACGCUUCAGAUUCAGUGGGCGGACAGAAUAUCAAGCAACGCAUGGGACAAGAUUACGCAGAACUAGUACAUUUGAAAGAAGGCCCAGCAAGCGAUAUCCUUCUCGAAGGCAUUCAACCUUUAAGGCAAACAAUCCUGUGAAAACAGCACAACUGUGUGCUAAAAAUACUCCUGAAGUCCAUAACUACCAGCCACCAUAUCAUCCUAAUAUACAUCCUGCUCAGCCACACUGGCAUCCACACACACCUGUGAAUGUAAGCUAUCCCUUGAACAACAGUGAUCUGCACCAGUUCAACAUUGAGGAGAAUGGUGGAACACCAUAUACUGCAAAAAUACCUGCAAGGCACCACCACCACCACCGCCAUCACCACCACCACGCGAAUUACAGCGCCCUUACUCCCGACAGCAAGGACAUUGUUUCUGGAGUUCCAAACCCAACCAAACUGAGCUCAGGACUUCCCCUUCUUUAUGAUGAAACUUCUCAUCUGAAGAAAAUAGAAACAGAGAGUGUGAAGGUAGUUGGACCAUGGCCAGCCCUCCACGUCAGCAUGAACAAGGGUGAAGACAAGAAGGUGUCUGAAAAGACUCUUCAUGCCCCUGUGUCACCGUCAUCUGUACCUGACCAUAUGAAGUGCAACAUCCUCAAAGCUCAAGUGGAAGCUGCUUUUAGAGUAGGUGCCCAGGCUGUGAAAGAAGAGACCUCUUUUGUAAAUCCCAGUAAGACCUCCGGCCUGCAGGACCCUAAUGUAAGAAGUCCAGCUCCAGUGAGACCUGAAACUACACCAUCAACUGCCCCUACAGAAAAGCAGGAGGUUAAAGCUCCUCGUGUGAGGAAGUUAACGAGGCAGUACAGUUUUGAUGAAGAUGACCUUCCUCCAGCACUGGCAGCAGCAGCAGCAGCAUCAACACCUGUAUCUUCAGCAUCUCCUGUGUCACAGAAAACAUGUACGCCACAGACGUCAGAAGGACAAACACAGGUUUCGCCUGGUGGCAAGAGUUCCACAGAUGCUGGAAGUACCUUUGCUUUGGAGCCAGGUGACCUCCUGAUGGAUUUCACAGAGGCCACACCAAUGAUAAAGACAUUCCCUGCUGAUACAUCUAAUCCUUUUUUCGAUCCUUUUACAACAGUACCACAGUUUUCUGCAGAAUUUGCAGACAGCAAAAUGCAGUGCUGUGCGGUGCAGUCAUCACCUAAGAUAACGCUGGUAACUCCAUCACCUGUGCUGAGGUCCUUGGCAGAGACUGUACCCACUCCAACGGUCCAGACAGUAUAUACGUCGCAUAAACCGAUUUCGCUGGCAGACAGCGCUGAGACUCUGAGGCGUGAACUUGAGAGAGAGAAAAUGAUGAAAAGACUCUUGAUGACAGAAUUAUGAAAUUCGCACUUCCGUCAGAUGGAGAAUGGAUUGGGGCCUUUCAUGUGCCUUCUGUCUGUUUACAUUCCUCUGCUUCUGUGUACUCAACAUAAUGCAUCGGGAAAAUGUGUGAUAUUCCUGGCUCGCCUGGAUUCGCCAUGGUUGGUUAAAGUUACGUCUCAGCUAGACUUUAACUUGAAGGAGUUCCUUUAUUCAUUUGCUGCUGGGAAAUAAACCUUCAAUCCUUUAUCUCUCCUGAGAUUUUAUACUAUUAACACAAUUAAUUUCUGGUUUGGUUUUGGUAAAUCUAGGGCAAAAAAGGAUCAGCAAGGAGCAUACUGAUUUCUAUUGGGAAACACUGUUCUGUACAUAUGUUAAUAAGUGCACAGAAAUUAAUGUUAUGCAGAAUAUUUUGAUAGUAACAUAGAAAAUAUGUCAUUUUGUACAACUGAAAAUUGCAAUGAGCUACUGCUAUUUGUUAAAGAACCAUUUUUAAAGCAGAAGAAUGAUUAUUACAUCCUAACCCCAGGACUGUUAGUCUCCACAGAAUAAACGGCUGUCUUAUUAAAUUCCUAACCUUAACCUUCACUCAGAGAUAUAAAUAGCUGCAAAGGGGAAAGACACCCCACCAUACAGAUAUACACACCCAAUACUCCCUAUAGUUUGUCAUCUUGACCUAAACCUUCAACUAAAUCUUACUGUAUUUCCAUUAAUGAAAAAAAAAAAUCAGUUGUUUAAAGCAAUUUACUACUGACUUUCUAGCUUGGUACUGACUUUUUUAAAGUAAGUGAGGGGUUUUACCUUCUCCAGUCUGCUUAGGCAUUAGGGCUUGCCCACGCUCAGACCUCUUCUGCCCCAGCACUGAAGGUUGCAGAGCCUCAGCAGUAUGGGCAUAACUCACACAGGUAGAAUUUUUUCCUUCCCAGGUAAAUAAACCUGACUGACACAAAUUGUUUGAUCACUUUAAAGAACAAGAACAAUGAUAGUUUAUGGCAUAGCUUGCCUAUACCCAAUUUUUUUUGCUCUACUAAUCAACACAUAUGUCCUGGCAAACCUGUGGAGGGUACACCUGGCUAUAUUUCACCUCCAACACACAAGCAGCCUCUACGUCCAGUGGAGGUAUUUCAGGCAUGAGGUGGGGUGGGUGGUCCAGCACUAGGAGAACUGCAGCCGCAGGGAGGGAGUUUAUGGUAUACAGAUAAUGCUACCCUCUAUUUCCUA